AUGUCAGAAGAGCAGAAUGGGAAGCUCGAAGAACGGGCAUUGCCAGAACUGAAGUUAUCAGACUUAUUAUUCACAGAGACGGUGAGAGGACACCAUGAAGCUAUUGAAACUGAGUGGGAUUCACUUCGAAGGUCAGCGUGCCAGACAGUAGCAGGGAGGGCUCUGUGGAAGCAUGUGAUCUAUGAUCCAUUUGCAGAGUUACUUGCAGGAGAACUGUACCUGAGAAGCCUUUACGAAAAGAUAAAGAAAGAUCGCUACAAAAUUCCUAGGGAAGUCUCUGGCGUCAUGCUUGCUGUUCGAACCCUGUGGUUUGAUGAGAAAAUUGAAGUUGCUCUCAGUUUUUUCGAUGGUGGAGCAACACAUGUUCUUCUUCUUGGCACAGUUUGGUAA